CGCUGAUACUCCAGCGUCCCUCACAGCUACUGACUGACGCACACACAGCAACACACACCCGGAAAACACCCGCUGUUCAUCAUGGAGCGAAAAGUGGCGCGGGAAUUUCGGCAUAAGGUGGAGCUGCUGAUUGAUAAUGAAGCAGAGAAGGACUAUCUGUAUGAUGUUCUCCGCAUGUACCACCAAUCCAUGGACAUUCCUGUCCUGGUCGGCGACCUGAAGCUGGUGAUAAAUGAGCCCAAACGCCUUCCGCUGUUUGAUGCCAUCAGACCUCUGAUUCCUCUGAAGCACCAGGUGCAGUACGACCAGCUCACGCCCAAGAGAUCCAGGAAGUUGAAGGAAGUCCGUCUGGAUCGCACACAUCCUGAGGGUCUGGGUUUGAGUGUUCGAGGUGGGCUGGAGUUCGGCUGUGGCCUCUUCAUAUCACAGAUAGUCAAAGAUGGACAGGCAGGAAAUGUCGGCCUGCAGGUUGGCGAUGAGAUUGUGCGUAUUAAUGGCUACUCCAUCUCCUCCUGCAUUCAUGAGGAGGUCAUCAAUCUCAUUAAGACCAAGAAGAUUGUGUCUCUGAAAGUCCGCCACUUGGGAAUGAUUCCUGUCAAGAGCUCCUCUGAAGACCCUCUGAAGUGGCAGUUUGUGGAUCAGUUUGUGUCUGAAUCAGGGGAGAAAAAGACUAGUGUGGCUGGUUUGGCUUCGGUUGGAGGGAAAGAAAUCAAGGAAAAGAAAGUUUUCCUUAGUUUGGUGGGCACCAAAGGCAUGGGAAUCAGCAUAUCUAGUGGACCAACACAGAAACCAGGCAUCUAUGUGAGCAAUGUGAAGCCGGGUUCAGUCUCCGCUGAAGUGGGCUUACAGGUUGGCGACCAGAUUGUGGAGGUCAAUGGGGUGGAUUUCACCAACCUGAGUCAUCAUGAAGCAGUGCGCGUGUUAAAGAGCAGCAGGAGUCUAACCAUCACUGUCCUCACUGGAGCUGGAAGAGAGCUGUUUAUGACGGAUGAGGAGCGGCUGGCGGCUGAAGCUCGUCGUGAGCUUGAAAGACAAGAGCUAAUGCAUCAGAAGAGAGUGGCAUUAGAGACCAACAAAGUCAUCAAAGAACAGCAGGAGAAAGAGCGCCAGAGGAAGAUGGAGGUAUCACAGAAGACUGCAGAGGAAGAAGAACGCUAUCGCAAAGAGAUGGAGAGAAUUGAAGCCGCGGAAAAGAAGCACCACAAAGAGUGGGAAGAAGAUUGGGGUUCCAAAGAAAAAUCCAAAUCUCCUUCCCCCUCCCCCUCUCCCUCACCCCCACCACCUGCACGUAAUGCACCUUCACCCAAACCCAAAACGUCCACUGCUGAGUCUGAUGAAGAAGAGAUCGGAGAAGGAUUUCAAAAACAUGUGGAUGAUUUUGAUCCAUAUUCCAUGUUCACGGCUGAGGAGAUAGCUGGCAGAGAUGUACGACUUUUGAGAAUUAAGAAGGAAGGGAAGCUUGAUCUGGCCAUAGAGGGAGGAAUCGACUCCCCAUUGGGAAAGAUUGUGGUAUCGUCCAUCUAUGAGGGAGGUGCGGCAGAUAAACAUGGUGGUGUCGUGUCAGGUGAUGAGAUCAUGGCUGUGAAUGCAAAGAUCCUGACGGAUGUGACUUUAGCUGAAGGACAAAACUCAUUGGCUCAGGCUUGGAACAGUGGAGGGGACUGGAUUGACCUGGUCAUCGCAGUGUCUCCACCGAAGGAAUAUGAAGAUGAAGUGACAUUCUUUUAAAAACCCACCAUUGCAUCAGUACAACGGACCACAGGGAGAAUCAAUAGCCAUUCCUUAGUAGUAAUUUUGCAAAAAGCAAAUAAUUUAGUAUUUGUGUUGUAAAUGAAGCAAAUGCAGUUAUUCACAUCAUUUAUAAAUGAGGCAUCUGUGCUUUAGAAUUUCUGUCUUUAGGCUAUAUUGUUGUAAUUUGCUAAAUAAUAAACAUGCAUUA